AUGGAUGACAAAAUUUUUUUUGCCCCUGAACUUGAGAGACAUGUCUUAGAAGAACAUAACUAUUGUGAUGACAAAGAAGUAAGGAGUAUGAGGACCAUGGAGAAUCUUCAACUUGUCAACUUUAUUGAACUGCAACUGAAGUCAAAAGAGGGAUUUGCUGCUGCAAUUGAUGUUGCACUUGCUAGUAGAUUAAAACAAUAUUUGAAGAAAUUUGUGGUGGUUCAACCAGGGGAAUGGCCCUGCCAGUUUUAUUGUCGCCAACUGAUCUAUGAUCAAUUGCCAAUUCCUACAAGAGAAAAAACAAGUUGUAACAUCUGA